GCAGUCGCCCUCCCUGGGGCUGGGACCACCGGCGGAAGGAGGAUCUGGGCAGGCCGGUUGGCGGGAGGGCGGUUGCCUUUCCCGGAUCUCAUCCCCGGCCGCCCGAGGCGGGAGGAAACAGCGGCGAGGUCCGCGGGUGGCAUGGCAGGAGCUGCGGACGAGCGCGGGCCCGGUCCCGCGGCGGGGGAACAGCUGCAGCAGCAACAUGCCGCGUUCCAGGUCUUCCCCGAGCGGCUGGCCCAGCGAAAGCCCGGGCAAGGGUUCCUUUCCAGCUUCUUCACCAACAACCAGAAGUGCCAGCUUAUGCUCCUGAAGACGCUGGAGACAAAUCCGUAUGUCAAACUUCUACUUGAUGCCAUGAAGCACUCAGGUUGUGCUGUUAACAAAGAAAGACACUUUUCUUGUGAAGACUGUAAUGGCAGUGUCAGUGGAGGUUUUGAUGCGUCAACAUCUCAGAUUGUUUUGUGCCAGAACAACAUCCGUAAUCAGGCCCAUAUGAACAGAGUCGUCACCCACGAGCUCGUUCAUGCGUUUGAUCACUGUCGUGCUCACGUCAACUGGUUCACUGACGUCAGACAUUUGGCCUGCUCAGAAGUUCGAGCUGCUAACCUUAGUGGAGACUGCUCCCUUGUAAAUGAAAUAUUCAGGCUGCAUUUUGGAUUGAAACAACAUCAUCAGACUUGUGUACGAGACAGAGCCAUUCUUUCUAUCCUGGCUGUUAGGAAUAUCAGCAAAGAAGUAGCCCAAAAGGCUGUUGAUGAAGUUUUUGAAUCUUGUUUCAAUGACCAUGAACCUUUUGGAAGGAUCCCACAUAACAAGACUUAUGCAAGAUACGCUCAUAGAGACUUUCAAAACCGUGAUCGGUAUUACUCAAAUAUAUGAAGAAAAUGACAUUUUAUAUUAUGGAGCUUCUGUGAUCAUGCAGAAAAUAUGGUUCUUAAGUGGACAAAUAUAUAAUAUGUAAAUGAUCAAUUAAAUACAGAUAAAACACAGAAGAUACUGACUAGCAUAUGAUCAGAAAAAGUAACUGUGGUAAAAGUGAAACUGCCUUUAACUCCAAGGCAAAAAUUGUAACUUUAAUAGUUAACCAUUUGGUAAAUAGGGCAAAUAAAUUACAUUUUUGUA